AUGGCCGACGCAGACGAAGGCUUUGGCCUGGCACACACACCCCUGGAACCUGACUCCAAGGAUCUGCCCUGCGACUCCAAGCCCGAGAGCACGCUAGGGGCCCCCAGCAAGUCCCCGGCGUCCCCGCAGGCUGCCUUCACCCAGCAGGGCAUGGAAGGGAUCAAGGUGUUUCUCCACGAAAGAGAGCUGUGGCUGAAAUUUCACGAAGUAGGCACGGAAAUGAUCAUAACCAAGGCUGGGAGGCGGAUGUUUCCCAGUUACAAAGUGAAGGUGACGGGCCUUAAUCCCAAAACGAAAUACAUUCUCCUCAUGGACAUUGUUCCGGCCGAUGACCACAGAUACAAGUUCGCAGAUAAUAAAUGGUCUGUGACGGGCAAAGCAGAGCCCGCCAUGCCGGGCCGUCUUUACGUUCACCCGGACUCGCCAGCCACGGGGGCGCAUUGGAUGCGGCAGCUGGUCUCCUUCCAGAAACUCAAGCUCACCAACAACCACCUGGACCCAUUCGGGCACAUUAUUCUAAAUUCCAUGCACAAAUACCAGCCCAGAUUACACAUCGUGAAGGCAGAUGAAAAUAAUGGAUUUGGCUCAAAAAAUACUGCGUUCUGCACCCACGUCUUUCCUGAGACGGCGUUUAUCGCCGUGACUUCCUACCAGAACCACAAGAUCACCCAAUUAAAGAUUGAGAAUAAUCCCUUCGCCAAAGGAUUCCGGGGCAGUGAUGACAUGGAGCUACACAGAAUGUCAAGAAUGCAAAGUAAAGAAUAUCCUGUGGUUCCCAGGAGCACAGUAAGACAAAAAGUAGCCUCCAACCACAGUCCUUUCAGCAGUGAGCCUCGAGCUCUCUCUGCCUCAUCCAACUUGGGGUCCCAGUACCAGUGCGAGAAUGGUGUGUCCGGCCCCUCCCAGGACCUCCUGCCCCCGCCCAACCCAUACCCACUGCCCCAGGAGCACGGUCAGAUUUACCAUUGCACCAAGAGGAAAGAUGAAGAAUGUUCCACCGCGGACCAUCCCUACAAGAAGCCCUACAUGGAGACGUCGCCCAGUGAGGAGGACCCUUUCUACCGCUCCGGCUACCCCCAGCAGCAGGGCCUGAGCGCCUCCUACAGGACAGAGUCCGCCCAGCGGCAGGCCUGCAUGUACGCCAGCGCCGGGCCGCCCAGCGAGCCGGUGCCCAGCCUGGAGGACAUCAGCUGCAACACGUGGCCCAGCAUGCCUUCCUACAGCAGCUGCACGGUUACCACGGUGCAGCCCAUGGACAGGCUCCCCUACCAGCACUUCUCGGCCCACUUCACCUCGGGGCCCCUGGUCCCCCGGCUGGCCGGCAUGGCCAACCACGGCUCCCCGCAGCUCGCAGAGGGGAUGUUCCAGCACCAGACCUCCGUGGCCCACCAGCCUGUGGUCAGGCAGUGUGGGCCUCAGACUGGCCUGCAGUCCCCCGGCGGCCUGCAACCGUCCGAGUUCCUCUAUUCUCACGGCGUGCCGCGGACCCUGUCCCCCCCCCAGUACCAUUCGGUGCACGGCGUGGGCAUGGUGCCAGAGUGGAGUGAGAACAGCUAAAGUGAGGCCUGCUUCCUCACAGACGGUUGCGAGAGAGAGAGAGGGAGAG